UGAAAAUUUGAGCCAUAUGGUUAUUUGAGAAAAAUGUAUGAUAAAUUCCAGUGUUGUGCUUUUUUUAACAGUAGUCUACUACUAGCCUGUCACAGACAGUUUGUCCCUAUUUAUUUUGCUUAAUCUAAAAAACAACAGAAAAAUCUUUGUUGAUCCCAGAUCGCCAUUAGUUGGAAACUUGGCAGACAGUUGAUCUGCAGAGGGAUGAUGCAUCUGUCAGUUUUUUACUUCAAUUUUAUAAGUUAGAAAGAUGUGGUGCCCUUCUUCUGCUUUAGAUGCUUUAAAAUAUUUCCAUCCAAUUUUAUAAGAAAAUAAAAUUAAAUCAUUAAGUGAUAUCUGAUCAUGUAUUUUAAAGCAACUGUUUUAAUUGUGAAAUUUUCUAGGAUACUUCUGCCUGUAUCUCUCAAGUGCAUGCGUACUGAGUGGGCUGGUCUGAAAUAAAUCUUUCAGAACCCCUAAAGCCAAGUGGCUCCCACUAUCUAUAAUGUAAUGGUUUUCCAUGCUUCCAAAUGCUAAAAUCCUAUCCCAUGUCAAAGGCUUUAAAUAUGAGCGUGACUCCACAAUUUGGAUAACUUACCAGCAGAUGAAACCUGCUCGACCUGCCGACUGUCUCCUGUCUCCGACUGUGAAUUCUCUUCAGCUAUAUUUUUAAACCAAUCAGUUUCUAUUCAACUGAGAUCAAUUCUGCAUUUUGUUGGUUUUGGUGUUUCUCUACAUGCAGCAGGACACAUUUUUGUUUUACCUAAAAACUGCAGAUUUAUAAAUAAAAAUUUGAAUUUGAUUGCAUUACUGAGCAAUAAAUGGAAUCCAAUUAGCUAUUCAAAUAUUUCAACUCUUUUAUGUAAAAGGCUUAAAAAACACAAAGAACCUCAGUUACCGUAUGUUAGAACAUUCAGAAGUAGAAAGCAAUAUUGGCAAAAAAAAAAAAUACAAAUAAGAGCUGCAGAACUUGCUAGUGAUACUGUUUUUAAACUACAACCUCCCUGAAUAUUUUAACCUUCCAGGGCAAAUUAAAGCCUUAAAGUUAAAGACUGUCUUAAAGGAGUAAAAUAAUCUCACAUUAUUCUACGGAAUUACACAAUUUUAUCUUAUUCAGAUAAGGGGGAAAAUCCCACAUUGAGAAAUAUUUGUUGAACCCACCACCUUGUAUCCAAUAAUGUAGCAGUUCUUCUAUUAGAUUUCACAAUGUUGGAAAAGUCUGGAAUGUACUUCUGACAAUUACUAUUUGGACGAUGUAGAGGGAUUCUGCAGAUUCCUGCAUCUUCCCUCAUGUGGUCUUCUCAGGCUUUCUUGGGACAUGAAAGGGGCUUCAAUUUGAUUCUGAUUAACAGUUUGUGUUUUGGAUCAUUAUCCUGCCUAAAGACUCAAUUACGACAACUUUUCCGACAUAGAUUAAUUUUAAAUUCUUCCCCCUCCCCCCCGCUGUGUAAAAAUACUCCCUUUUAAGGUUUUGGACUUUCCCUGCAAUUCUGUUGCAACUGCGCAUGGCCUUGAAAAGUGACUGUGCAGGGACAUUUCAUUAUUUACACAAUAAGUAAUGAUUAGAUCACAGGAUUUGACCCCUUAAAUGACAGUAAUUUGCAAGUGACCAUUACUGGAACAGUCUAGUUGAUCCUUAACUGGAAUACCACACGAUGAAGUUCUGUGUUGCUGCUUUUCUCUUCCUGGCAUUCUUCUGCCACAGCAGUUUUUCCUGUCCAGCUUUGUGCAAAUGCUACCCCACAAGUAUGGAGGUCGUUUGUAAUGAAGUUCCUCUGACGGAGUAUCCAUCAGCAGGUCUUCCAGAGAACACCACCAUGCUGACAAUUCAGCUGACAAACAUUACCUCCAUCUCAGAACACCACCUCAAAGCAACGCCGCUUCUGAAGGAGCUCCAUCUGUAUGGGAACCAGCUUCAGAGCCUCUCGUCUCAUUUACUCAGAGGCGUUCCUCAGCUGCAUACAUUGGAUCUGACCGGAAACGAGCUGAGUGAUCUGCCUGUAGACGUCUUCAGCUAUGCUCCACUUCGAAACUUGGUUCUUAAGAACAAUCAGAUUAAGCGGGCAGAUCCAAAGUGGCUUCCUAAUAACAGCAGCCUGACCUGGUUGGACCUCUCUGAAAAUCAUCUAACAGAGAUCCCAGUUGGUUUGUUUCAGAGACUCCCUCACCUAGAGAAUAUUGACUUGUCCAACAACCGACUGGAAAAGAUACCUCCAAACUCCCUGGACCAUCUGACUAAACUUGAGAGGCUAAACCUGCAAAACAACAAGCUUGAGACUUUGGAUCCAUCUGUUUUCCAGUUCACACACAACCUCACUUCUCUGUUUCUCUCUCAAAACAAACUCGCCAAACUCCCCCAGAACCUCCUCCAGGGACUCACCAGACUCGCACAUCUCAGUCUGGAUGACAACCAGCUCAGUCACAUCGCCAAAGGUUUCCUUGACUCACUGAGCUCCCUUGAGGAAGGUGGACUGGACCUGUCUGGCAACCCUUUACUUUGUGACAGGGAAGUAGAGUACCUGUGGCAGUGGCUUCAGAGGAACAACAAGAAGGUUUUGUUGGCAGACAGCAUCACCUGUGCAUUGCCUGAGUCUCUUGCAGGGCGCUCAGUAAUUUCCCUUACAGAAAACGAUCUGAACAUCAGAUCUCAACUUUCCUGAGUCUGACUGUGAUUAGGUGUAUAAAAGGGCUAAUUCAUGAUUUUUUUUUUUUCUUGAUGAGAUCCUAUUAAAUUGUAUAAGCUGUUGAUUUCUUGCCUGCAACUUUCACAGAAGCUGAAGAUCUGAAGUGAAGUUCUACGUCCUUAACAUGUCUCUAAUCGCAGAAACAGGCUUUGAUUGUGGUUUGAUAAUGCAAUCAAAGCAUGUUUGAUUGGUUGGUCAUAUAAAAAAUGAUUACUUUGGAAAUAGAAGUAAAGUGUUGUGCUAAUCCAUUGGUCUUUUUGUAUGAAAGCAUAAUGUGUUGGGGGUUGUUUUUUUUUUUUUUUGUAGAUUACAGUUAUGUUGUAUCUGUAAUAUAAGAAUAAAAAGAUGUAAAAAGUUAACAGUUGUUCAAGUGACCACUUUCAUUGAUCUUAAAAAUCUGCCAGAUUUUUUUUUGUAUGUCCUCUGGAACCAUUUUAUGUUUUUUUUUCUUCAUGCAUGUUUCAACACUGGAAGGUCAUUGGUGGCACACCACCAACUUUCUUUUCUGGACUAAAUAACUGUUUUCAGUAUAAAAUUGCACCGAAUUCUUGUUGACCAACCAUAAUAUCCUUUUAGCUUUAAAUGCAAAUAUAACAGUUAUUUAAAACAUACUAAAUUAACAAUGACAAUUAUGAUAUUCAGAAGAUUGGUUUGGUCUUUUUUCCUCUUGGAUUAGCAAUUAGCUCUAGCUACUGGGGCUUCCUAAUCUGGACAAGAAGUUAUCUGCUGCAAACCAGAUUUUGGUUCAUCCUGACAUUUCAGUAAAAAAAAAACUUACUGUUAGUUCUGAAGCUAUCCUUUAAGAAAUAUUUUAUAUCAAUAAGAUUUAAUACAAAAUAAAUGUUUAAGAUUCCCUGUUUCCUUGUUUUUGUUAAGGCAGGGACAUGUAUUCAUUAAUCAUUCAUUAAUUCAAGUACUGAAGAUAAAUUGUUUUUAAAGGAAAUGGAUAAAGAUGCAACCAAAGCAAUACGAUGACUUGUGGACAUUUUUAAAGUUCUUUCCAAAAAAACCAAUUUUUGCAGGCAUUUGAAUGUUUGCGUUUUACAUUUACCUUUACUCUAGAGAGUUGUCAGGUCGUUUUGGACUUUGACUCUUCUCUGUAAAGCUUGACAGGACUAGACUGAAAUUUGCAGUGAUAGCUUAGGAUAGUUUGCAGCUACUUAUUUACUGCAAGAUAAAUAAUCUAGCCAUGUUCCUUUUCUAUUAAAAUUUGGAGCAAUUGUUUCAGCAUGCCAUAAUUAGGUGUUGAUUGGUCCCAUUUAAAACCUUUUUAUGAGAGAAUUUUUUUCUUUCAGUCUUUUCAAAGAUCAUAAAAUGGUAUUAGAUGGGUUUUUAUCAACACUAAGUGUUUGACAGUGGUACUGAAAUCUAACAAAAAAAAUCCCACCUGUUUCUGCUUCAAUUAAUAAAUUGCAUUUCCCAUGUUGACAAUAUAAAAAGAUAGGAAUAUGAUCAUUUUGUCUUUUGUUGUUGAAUUUCAACCAGGAUUGAAUGUGAAUAUAGUAGCAAGGCUUUAAGUGACAUGUCUUUAUCACCUCUUCCCACACAUCUCUUAUAAUAAGCAUAUAUAUGAAUCAACCUUGGAUGUGUUUUGGAUUUUUGCUUUCAGUUAUAUGCAUGCUUAAAGAAAUCCUUUGCAAUAAUAUCUGCAUUAAAAAGGUUUUUGCGAGGCAGAAGAGAAGAUAUUGAUUUGCAUGGCAACAUUGUUGCUGUUACAAAGUACAGGAAAACAGUGACCACUUUAUUUGCUCUGCUCUGUUUGCCUUUUGCAACAUUUCAUCCUGAUUCGCUACCAUAACAUGCUCAUCCUUGUGUGAAAAACAGUCCAGACUUGGAAGGAGACAAGUUCCUGCUGCUCUUUUCAGUGUUUUGCUGCAGAGAUGAAGUUGUUGCUCCUUGUCACUUUCAUUGCACUAUCUGAAUUUGACUACAAAAGAAAAAGUGCUCACUCGUGUCCCGAUCGAUGCUCGUGCUCUUUUCAGCCUUCAUCUGCUGAGGUGGUGUGCAGCAAAGGUGGCCUCACAGUUUUUCCUAGAACUGGCUUUCCUACCAACACCACACUAUUAUCCAUCCAGAACACACACCUCGGCAACAUCACUGCUGGCGAUCUGAGUGCUGUGCCGUUCCUAAACCUGUUGCAGCUUUAUCACACCAAUCUAGCAAAUCUUUCCUCAGAUCUAUUGGUCUCCGUAUCCCACUUGGACACAUUGGAUCUCACAGGAAACAAGCUAGUUAAAUUGCCUGCUAACGUGUUCAGUCACAGCUCGCUUCGCAACCUGGUAGUGAAAAAUAACCAGCUGCUGGAAGCAGACCCAGCAUGGUUUUCUGGCAACAGCAGCCUUCUCUAUCUGGAUUUGUCCGGUAACCAUCUGACCAGUGUCUCGGCUGCUCUGCUUCACAAACUCCCCCUUCUGCAGACCCUGGAUCUGGACGGUAACAGUCUUCAAGAGUUACACGCUGACGUGUUCAGAAACCUGCAUCACCUGGAGACGCUAAAUCUGGCUGGGAACAAAUUAAUAACCCUAAAGCCUCAAUUAUUUGCUCAUAAUCUAAAACUAAAAUACCUAUACCUGCAGGAGAAUCAGCUUCAGGAUCUGCCAGUGAAUCUCCUACACAAACUUCAAAACCUUGAGCUUCUGCUGCUGAAUCAGAAUCAGCUUCGCCACCUCCCCGCCGGCCUGCUGGAUGGGGUUAAUCCCUCCAUGCAGAUAAUCCUGACAGGGAACCCCUGGGAGUGUGAUGGGAAGAUGGAAUACUUGUGGAGGUGGCUCACCAACCAUCGGGAAAAUGUUCUCUUUGAGACGGAGGUGACUUGUGAUAACCCAAACACACUGAAAAAUCAGCAAGUUUCAUCUCUAACUGACAGUCAGUUUGGUGUAAGAUUACAAUGAAUGGUGUGGUGAGAAAAUGCAGAAAAGUAAAUAUUUGACUUUUGCUCCCUUUUUGGUUGCAUGUCAAGUAAAUAAAAAAAAUGAUAAACA